AUGGGUCCUACGCUUCCCUCGUUGCCGACUGAAAUCGUCAGCAAAAUCUCCCAGCAUCUCAUCUCAGGACCAACGAACUCCUACGCGACCGAUAUGGACGCUCUUUACGGCCUACGCCUGACUUGCCGGGCUCUGAAUUCGAAAACACUCUACGACUUCAGCAAAGCCGCUUUCUCAAGCCUAAUCGUCGACUUCUUCCCAGCGAGCCUAGACCGACUUCAUGCCAUCAGCCAGCACCCCGACCUAGGCAAAGCCGUGAAGUGCCUGCACUUUGCGCAUCAUGCGGAACCGACAGUCUCCCUAGGAGAAGAAGAAGUCGACCCGGAUGCUGUCCCCCUUGAAGCGAGGGUUCAGGGAAUCUUAAGAGCUGGGCUCGGUCAGAUAUUCACGGGCCUUCCAAACUUGAGCGAGGUAGUGAUUAUUACACCGCUAGCGGCCAUUUUCCGUCAGUGGCGCAGUGUUACGGCCCAUCCGCCACACGUAUCCGAGAUGCGGAACGAAAUCGAGGAGGCGAACGAAAGAGAACCCGCGGCAACCAUCUUUACGGAGCAGUGGGCGCUCACAGCCAACUUUCUCCAUCAGCUUGUCCUGGAGGCCGCGGACAAGGCGAACAUAGAACUCCAAAGUCUUGAAGUUCGGGCUCCAGCCAUCUACCCCACUACGAACCUCAAUGCUCGCUUCGCACCAGCCUAUGCGCGCCUUAAAUCACUUACGCCAGCUUCACCUAUCACUCCCCACGGACGACGCACCUAUUUGUGGCCAGCAAUGCCCAAUCCCCGAGGUUGGUCUAGUGCGAGCACUUCAACAAAUGCCUCACCUGUCUGA